CUCAAAUGCAUCCGCAGUAGGCAGGAGCCCUUACGCGCAGGAAACGCGAGACAGAGAGAGACGUGAGUCGCUACAGCUUCUCGGAACAUGCAAUCUGUAAGAAAGGCUAUUCUAAGGCACGUAAGUGUUACGAACAGUGCACGGCCAUGGUCAAUCACCAAAGCUGGCCCAUCACUUGGCGGAACAAUGCGUCAGAUGUGCACAUCAGCAUGUACCAGCUCUGAUCAUCUAAUGGCUCGAGUAAUUGGGAUGGUCAAGAAAUAUGAUAGGAUUGAUUCGGGCAAGGUUACUGAAACAGCAGAUUUCCAGAAGGACUUGUGCCUGGAUAGCUUAGAUAGGGUGGAGCUUGUUAUGGCCAUUGAGCAGGAAUUCAACAUUGAGAUUCCCGAUGAUAAAGCAGACAAGUUUACAUGUUGUGCCGAUGUGGUUAAAUACAUAAUGUCAGAAGCUGACCAAAAAAUUGCAGAGAAUUCCUGAUCAGGUGAUUUCCGGACCCAAAUGACUAUGUUUUCGAUAGGUUUCAUGAUAUAUACAAUUUCCCAGAAAGAGCUCAUUUGGGCUAAUGUCAAAUUGUCACUCCCAUGUGGUUUUUGAGAACCCAGGUAAAAGAGGAAGGUUGGUGUCUGGUGGGCCACCAAUAGUAAAACAUUUGUCAAUCUACCAUUCAAAAAGCAACCUCAAA